AUGUCUUUGCUCCCUGGGCAGAAUCCUGCAACUCGACAGGGCCUCACAGGAGCUGCCGGGUACCCGCCUCCACCAGGCUAUACCGCGGGAAAGGGUCGAGGUGCUGGUGGCUUCCACGUUGCCACUCGAGCAGAGUUCGCCGGGCUCCCGCAGUUCCCACCCAUCGCUCCUGGCACUCUCGGGUCCCAUAGCAGGGCCUUCCAGAAAAGCAAGUUGGCUAGAGACUCGACGGCCGGGGGUGCCCAGCAUUCGAUUCAUGGGAAGUGGGGAGCGCCCCCGCCCGGAUACAUCCCUGGACGCGGACGAGGCGCUACCGGGUUCACUGGAGGUGUUAGUCGUGAUGAUGCUA